AGGGAAGACAGGACACUGUAAAGAGCUGGUGAUGGAGCCACUCCAUUUUGGCCAUUGGAGACCCUGAAGGUACAUCUCGUUAGAGCUCAUCUUGUCUGUGAUGUCCCAUUCAGGAAACAAGGCAUCUUCACUUACAAGCAGCCCCUGUCUCGGCAGUUUUGCUCUAAUCUCUCCCUGAGAGUAUUACCAAUGGUUGAGGAAAUUACCUCGGUGGAGUCUGCUGGAAGGGGAACGGCUUAUGACCUGUGGUGAUUGUGUAUGUGGUGUCUUUGGCUGUGGCUCUUUUCUCCUGGGUGGCUGUCAAUCCUUCCAGCUCGGCCAAGGGUGGCUGAGCUCCGAGCUCCAAUGCUGCCACUGCCUGUCUGGGCAGACCUCACCCUCCUUACCCCCCACUUGGCUAUGGUAGCUUGGCCUUGCUGAUCUGUUGCCCUGGAUUCCGUUCCUUGAGCUUUUGAAAGGACAGUGUUUGUGCAUUUGUUUCAGUCUUCUUUGUGCUUACGAAGCUCACUCCUCUAGUUUCCUGAGGCAGCUUUAGCAGAAGCUUUCAGUGCGAAGUGAACUGUGCAGUAGCAGCCAAGAAGGCAGCUGGGAAAUGCCCAGAUUGAGCUAUUGUAUGCUAGAGUCCCUGCCCCUCUGCCUCCAUGACACGAAUGUUAAUUCAGGUGCCUUGAGACCAUUUGAGGAGUGGAAAACCACAACUUGCUCUUAGAAUCCUGUCAGCUCAUUUCUGACUACAUAGGACCAUUCACCCUAGUCCAGCCAGUUAAAGCUGGGCAGAGUUUGUUUGAAGCGGUAAAGCCAGCUCCUCAGGUUGUAUAGGAAGGAGUUAAGUCUUUAUAGGAAGGCAGAGACAAGAUCCAGCACUGCCUGGCCUGGAGUAUACCAAAACAGAUGUGGAGUGACUCCUAACCGCCUUGUCAUUCUAGGGAGGGACGGCGUCAAGGACAAACACAUUUCUUCCCUCUCCACUGGCCUCAACAGCAGCUGCCUGUGAGGGCCCCACAGCCUGUGUCCUGAGAACUUUCGUGGAUGAUCGAACGCCUGAAGGAUGUCCAACCAGGACCUGAGCAUCACCGCAAAACUCAUCAAUGGAGGUAUAGCAGGUCUCGUGGGGGUGACCUGCGUAUUUCCCAUUGACCUUGCGAAGACCCGGCUACAGAACCAGCAGGGGAAAGAUGUGUACAAAGGAAUGACAGAUUGCCUGAUGAAGACCGCACGUGCUGAGGGCUUCCUGGGCAUGUACCGAGGGGCUGCAGUAAACCUCACCCUGGUCACUCCAGAGAAGGCAAUCAAGCUGGCAGCCAAUGACUUCUUGCGGCAGCUGCUCAUGCAAGAUGGGACACAGCGGAACCUGAAGAUGGAGAUGCUGGCCGGGUGUGGGGCUGGAAUAUGCCAGGUGGUGAUUACCUGUCCCAUGGAAAUGCUCAAGAUUCAGCUGCAGGAUGCUGGCCGCUUAGCUGUCUGUCACCAGGCCUCCGCCACAGCCACGCCCACCUCCCGGCCCUACAGCACUGGCUUGACUUCUGCCCACAGGCGCCCAUCGGCCACCCUCAUUGCCCAGGAGCUGCUCCGCACUCAGGGGCUCUCUGGUCUCUAUAGGGGCCUGGGUGCCACUCUCCUCAGGGACAUUCCCUUCUCCAUCAUCUACUUCCCUUUGUUUGCAAACCUGAACCAACUUGGGGUCAGCGAGCUCUCUGGCAAGGCCCCCUUCACACACUCCUUUGUGGCAGGCUGCGCAGCAGGUUCUGUGGCGGCGGUAGCUGUCACCCCUCUGGAUGUUCUGAAGACUCGAAUCCAGACCCUCAAGAGAGGCCUAGGUGAAGACACCUACAGCGGAGUCACCGACUGUGCCAGGAAGCUCUGGACACAUGAGGGAGCAGCAGCCUUCAUGAAGGGAGCUGGCUGCCGUGCCCUGGUCAUAGCCCCCCUCUUUGGGAUCGCCCAGGGUGUCUACUUCAUUGGCAUCGGAGAGCGCAUCUUAAAGUGCUUUGAGUAGUCUGAUGUGUUACUUCUUGCUGUCACCUCUGGCCCUAGGGAACUAGGUGCAGUGCUGGUUAUAAGAUGCCCACCCUCCUGAUGUACAUGGUCUCUUAACUUGUAGUGCUAUCUCAGAAGAAAUGAGCCAUUUUACUAAGCGCCCCCAUCUCCUUUAUGAAAACUAGACUUUGUGGUACAGCCUACCAGGGAUGCUCAGAAGCCCCAAUCACCUAUGUCUAACAAUAGAAUCAACCUUGUGUACUAUGGCAGGACCAUGUGCAGGGCCAGAGGGCCGUCCUUCACUAACAUUCCCACUGCAGGCAAGCGUGGCACAGAAUCGUCCUGUGAGGUUUAGUGUCAAUCCCAGCCCCGAUGCUGUAACAGAUCGGAAGGGCACCUGGGCUGAACCGUGUGCCCUCCCGAGCAUCACCAAUAGUCAAGUGAGCCUCAAUGGGCACUCUGGCCACCUCAGCAGCUGUGGCCAGACACCCAUCCUGGAGUAUGGCCCAGGUCCCUCCUAAUAGAUGCUUUUGGGACAUGAUCUGAAAUAAAGCUGGUUAGACCUUUGUCCUGUAAUCAGCUUAGCAGAUGACUGUCAUUCUGCAGAGCCAAGCCGUGGCUUCUAGGCCCCCACAGCCCAGUUCAUUACCAUCUUCCAACUGCUGUUCUAGAGUGGAGACUGGUUGGGGGGAAAUUUUACACGGAAAGAGUUUGGCUUUUUAAAAAUAAUUAUUUACUAAUUUGCAUG